AUGCCAUCUACCCUAUUGCCAUCUUCCCCUUCAUCUACCCUAUUGCCAUCUUCCCCUUCAUCUACCCUAUUGCCAUCUUCCCCUUCAUCUACCCUGUUGCCAUCUUCCCCUUCAUCUACCCUAUUGCCAUCUUCCCCUUCAUCUACCCUAUUGCCAUCUUCCCCUUCAUCUACCCUAUUGCCAUCUUCCCCUUCAUCUACCCUAUUGCCAUCUUCCCCUUCAUCUACCCUAUUGCCAUCUUCCCCUUCAUCUACCCUAUUGCCAUCUUCCCCUUCAUCUACCCUAUUGCCAUCUUCCCCUUCAUCUACCCUAUUGCCAUCUUCCCCUUCAUCUACCCUAUUGCCAUCUUCCCCUUCAUCUACCCCGGUACACAAAAUGAUAUUCUCUCCUUUCCCCCACUUUCGGCUGCCCGUCCACCUCCCCUGGCCCUCUUCUACUGGCCUUCUCACCCUGGCCCUCUCACCCUGGCCCUCUCACCCUGGCCCUCUCCCCUGGCCCUCUCCCCCUGGCCCUCUCCCCCUGGCCCUCUCCCCCUGCCCUCUUCCAUUGCGCACUCCGCUUGCUCUCUCCAUUUCCACAGCAAGACGAACAGAAGGGCCAUUUCCUGUGAUGAAGCCAAUAGGGGGGGAGGGCCACCUGCCCUGGUACACAGAGGAAGACCUGAAGCGCGCCACUGGCAACUGGCAGGUGAAGCUGGGGGAGGGCGGAUACGGUGCUGUGUACAAAGGCAUGCUGGCCGCUGAGCGUGUGAGGGUGCCUUCGAGAAGAGGAGGAAGCGGGAUCAGUGCUAUUUUGAGCAGGAUGGGAGGUAGCGAGGUGGAUGAGAGUGAGGGGGAAGAGGAGAUAGAGGAGGAGGAGGACGAGGAGGAAGGGGAGGGGGCGGAAGGGGAGGAGGGGGGAGAGGGAGAGGAGGGUGUGCGCAGGGGUGGUGGAAUGGGUGGGCUGGCUGGGUUUGAAGUGGUGGAGAUCGGUGGGAGGCGGUUUGUCCCUGUGGCGGUGAAGAUUUGUCGGACAGAGGACAACGAGAAUUUGGCGAGAGAGCAGCUGCUGACGGAGGUCAUGGUGAUGACGGCUCUCCGCCAUCCCAACGUGCUGCGCCUGCUGGGAGUGGCCAUGAUGGGCCAAGCCAUUGCCAUUGUUUCCGAGUUCCUCCCGGGUGGGGAUGUCACACAGCGGCUAGAGAGAGCAGCCAGGGGUGUGGUGCCUUUUCCAUGGAAGGACCGUCUGAGCAUAGCGGUGGGGAGUGUGGCAGGGCUGGCAGCGAUCCACAAGGAGGGAUUCAUUCACCGUGACUUCAAAGCCGCCAACGUGCUUCUAACGAAGGAUCUCGUUCCCAAGGUGGCCGACUUUGGGCUCGCCAAGACAUGCCAAGACAGGACACAUGUCACAACGCGAGUGGCCGGAUCAAAGGGCUACAUUGACCCUUCAUACUUUGAGACAGGCAUCUUGACAGCAGCGUGUGACGUGUUUGCAUUCGGGGUCUUCCUCUUAGAGCUCCUCUCAGGCCACCAGGUGCACGAGCGCUGCUUCCCUGACCUGGCUGAAAGGGCCACUGGGGACCCGGACCAGGUAGUGGAUGCUAGCUUGGAGGGGCAGUGGGAGAGGCAGCAGGCGGAGGGGGUGCUGUCUGUGAUUCGAGACACUCUAACGUUUGACUUUGCCAGCCGGCCGAGCACGGAGCAGCUGUUGAAAAGGCUGAAGAGGGUGGUUGGCGAUGGAGCUGGGUGA